CGCAGGCAGCCCCUGAGGAGGAAUCUAGUUGCCAGGUUCACCGCCCCGCCGGGAGUGCGCCUGCGCGGUCGCCUGGUCCCUCCACCUCCGCUUCCCCUCCCCCUGUCGCCCCGCGGGGGCUCCGGGUCCGGCGGGACCAUGUUUACCGGCACCGGCUCCAGUGGGCUUUGUAGAGCUCCCACCAUCAAGAGGUUCAGUGUCUACUGGAGAAAAUUUGUAAAAAGAAAACAACUGCUGUACUUGGUGCUGCGGAUUUAUUGCAGGACAAGGCGCCUCUGUCCAAGAGUCUUUUACUGGUCCCCAGUGCUCUGUCCCUUCUGCUGGCCCUCCUCCUGCCACACUGUCAGAGGUUCUUCGUGUAUGACCUCCAAGCAGUCAAGGAUGACUUUCAGGAUAUUUGAAAGAAGAUAUGGAAGCAGAAAAUUUGCAUCCUUUUUGCUGGGCUCCUGGGUUCUGUCAGCCUUGGUUGACUUCAUCCUUGUGGAAGCUGCACAGCAUUCCUUUGGUAUCACUGCAGCCAGGAAUUUGCCUUCUGGAUUCCUGGCACCUGUGUUUGCUCUGUUUGUACCAUUUUACUGCUCCAUACCGAGAGUCCAAGUGGCACAAAUUCUGGGCCCGUUGUCCAUCACAAACAAGACAUUGAUUUAUAUAUUGGGACUACAGCUUUUCACCUCUGGUUCCUACAUCUGGAUUGUAGCCAUAAGUGGACUUAUUUCCGGUAUGUGCUACAACAGCAAAAUGCUACAAGUUCAUCAGGUGCUCUGCAUCCCCAGCUGGAUGGCGAAGUUCUUUUCUUGGACGCUUGAGCCCAUCUUCUCAUCUUCAGAACCCGCCGGCGAGGCCAGGAUCGGCAUGGGGGCCACGGUGGACAUCCAGAGGCAGCAGAGGAUGGAGCUGCUUGACCGGCAGCUGAUGCUUUCCCCGUCUGCACAAGCCAGGCAGCAACGACGGCAGCCGGGAGGCAUGAUCAACUGGAAUCGUCUUUUCCCUCCUUUACGUCAGCGGCGAAAUGCAAACUAUCAGGAUGGUCAGCAUUCUGAACAAGAAGCAUCCCAUCCUCUAGAGGUUUCAGAAGAACAGGUUGCCCGGCUCAUGGAGAUGGGAUUUUCCAGAGGUGAUGCUUUGGAAGCCCUGAGAGCUUCGAAUAACGACCUUAAUGUGGCUACCAACUUCCUGCUGCAGCACUGACGGUCCUGCCUACAGCGCAGUGCGGACCGCAGCGGCCGGGCGCUGUCCCGGAAUCCUAAAUCAGCCCAGCCCGGCGCCUGGCACUCGCUGGCGCCCGUGUUCUUGGCAUCCUCGCGGCAAAGGGGGGCCCCCGAUGUUCCCUCCCUUCCUUCAUUCCAGGAUCAUUACUAUUAGAGUAUUGAAAAUAAGUUUGCCAUUAAAUCAGCAUGUAUAGUCUAUCUUUAUUUUUUUAUUGGGUAUUUUCCUUCAUUUGAAGAAUCAUCACCUAUUUCUAAAGUGUUUAAAAUGCAUUAGGAACAGAUUUCUGCAAGCGAUUGAAGAGCACUCCAGAUGGGAACUUACUGCUAUUUUAAUCUUAUUCUUUUUACUAAAAUGUAUCAUCCUACAUUAUAUCUGAUCAUAAAUGCCAUGAAAGGGGAGGGGAAUAUCAUUCAGAAAGAACAUGUCAAAUUAUUUUUCAUCACUAUUUUUUUUCUCAAAUUUGCUUUCAAACAUGUGGCUGUUCAGCAUCCACAUGUCCAAGCACGUGAGCACUGCUUACCUGCUGCACGCAGUACUGGCCACGCUUACAUGCUGAGGGAGAAACAGAAAACUAAAUCCUACUCCACACUGUUCCAGCACAUUCUAAGCUAGGGAAGUUUUCCCAACUCUUUUACUCCGUUAAAAAAUAAUGAUUAAGUACCAAUUCAAGGUUCUGGAGUACUCCCAUGAAACUGCCUGGGGUUAAUUUUGCUCAGAAUAUCCAGAGUUAGUCCCACAAGUGGGAAUGAAGAUGGACAGAGAAGAGUGGGCUCCUGGAGCGAUCAGAGGCUGGCCCGGUGCAGGCUCAGCUCUAGGACUAGAGAAAAUGCCUUGCCUGUCCCAGGUGCAAGGUCAGCCCCUCUGGGAGCAGGUCCUCCCUGGCUCAGUAGGGCCGACUGGGAUCUCAGCAUGACUGCAGAGUAGACUGCGGAGGACACUGUCACAGAGAGAAGGGGACAAUGCGGGGACGGCCUUGAGCAUGAAAAGAUCAAAAGCAAGGUGACUUAAGAUUUAAGGAAAUUGUGCAACUAUUGUGUUCUGCAAAAUGAGCGUAAAUAUAUCAAAAUUGAUGCAAAUUUGGACAUGUGUGAUAUUUAAAAUAAAAUUUUUAAUGUGU